GGGCAGGCGCCGGAAGUGUCCCCAUAGCUGUCGGUGGGGAGCUGGGAGUGACGGCGCCAUGGUGGAGGAAGUCCAAAAACACUCUGUGCACACACUUGUGUUCAGAUCUUUGAAGAGAACUCAUGAUAUGUUUGUAGCUGAUAAUGCCAAACCUGUACCAUUAGAUGAUGAAAGCCACAAAGUAAAGAUGGCAGUCAAGCUGCGUACUGAGUAUGGGUCAGUGUUGCACAUGCCUACUCUUAAAGAAAACAUGAGAGAGAAAGGAGGCCCAGCCACUGGGGAUCCGUAUGGACAUAAACAGUAUUCUGGAAAUGAAGGAGAAGAACUGGAGUAUGUGAUAACUGGCACACAUCCAUACCCACCUGGUCCUGGUGUGGCUCUGACAGCAGACACUAAAAUCCAAAGGAUACCUAGUGAAUCUGCAACUCAGUCCUUAGCUGUAUCACUUCCUGCUUCUCAGUCCAGGUUGGAUGCAAAUCGGACAGCUGCUGGUGUGGGUGAGAUUUACAGACAUGCUGGGAUAUCUGAGCGUUCACAGCCUCCUGGGAUGUCUAUGGCUAUGAUGGAACCUGGCGGAAACAAAAAUUCUGCAUUAGUACCAAAGAAGGCUCCAACCAUGCCCAAGCCUCAGUGGCAUCCACCUUGGAAACUAUACAGAGUUAUCAGUGGUCACUUGGGCUGGGUGAGAUGUAUUGCGGUAGAACCAGGAAAUCAGUGGUUUGUUACUGGCUCAGCUGACAGAACCAUUAAGAUUUGGGACCUUGCUAGUGGCAAGUUGAAAUUAUCUUUGACGGGACACAUUAGUACUGUACGAGGUGUGAUAGUAAGUGCAAGAAGUCCAUACCUCUUUUCCUGUGGAGAAGACAAACAAGUGAAAUGCUGGGAUCUUGAAUACAAUAAGGUUAUCAGACACUACCAUGGUCAUUUAAGUGCUGUCUAUGGUUUAGACUUGCACCCAACAAUAGAUGUCCUGGUAACAUGUAGCAGAGAUUCAACAGCUCGAAUUUGGGAUGUGAGGACAAAAGCCAGUGUGCACACGCUCUCAGGACACACAAAUGCUGUAGCAACAGUGAAGUGCCAAGCUGCAGAACCACAAGUUGUUACAGGCAGUCAUGAUACUACCAUACGGCUUUGGGAUUUAGUGGCGGGAAAAACUCGUGUUACUUUAACAAACCAUAAGAAAUCUGUAAGAGCAGUAAUACUACAUCCAAGACAUUAUACGUUUGCGUCUGGUUCUCCAGAUAACAUUAAACAGUGGAAAUUCCCAGAUGGAAACUUCAUUCAGAACCUGUCUGGUCACAAUGCUAUUAUCAACACACUGACUGUAAAUUCAGAUGGAGUUUUGGUCUCAGGAGCUGAUAAUGGUACUAUGCAUCUUUGGGACUGGAGAACUGGAUACAAUUUCCAGAGAGUACAUGCAGCUGUACAACCAGGCUCUUUGGACAGUGAAUCAGGAAUAUUUGCUUGUGUUUUUGACCAGUCUGAAAGCAGAUUGCUAACUGCUGAAGCUGAUAAAACCAUAAAAGUAUAUAAAGAAGAUGAUACUGCGACUGAAGAAACUCAUCCUAUCAGCUGGAAACCAGAAAUUAUCAAGAGGAAGCGAUUUUAAUGCAGCAACAUACUUGUGCUGUAAUUAUUUUCUGGCUUUUUUGAGAGCUUUCGGUCACAUUAUGGUCUGCCUACAACAGAAGAGCAGAAAGUCAGCAAGUCUUUGCUUUUUCAGUGUGUUUUCUAAUAAAUUUUAUUUCUUUC